AUGGACCCCCAGGUGUGCCCGCCCCCUCUGCUCAGCGGCCAAUCGGUGAUCCCGGGCCUGGACAGAUCUCCCGCCCACAGCUUCAAACCCGGCCACUCACGGAACAGCAGCACGGGUUCCUCCAAACACUCCAAACAGUCCCGUCACUGGGAGGUGAUGGACGACAUGCAGCACUUGGACAUGCUCCAGGCGGCCGGCUCCUCUCUGGACCUGAGCAUCCCGGGCAUCUGUGAGGGCUUCCUGAUGAAGAGGAGGAAGUACCCGCUCAAGGGCUGGCACAAGAGAUACUUCCUGCUGGAGAAGGGAGUCCUGAAGUACUCCAAGACGCAGCAGGAUGUGGUGGUGGUGGUGGUGGUGGUGGUAGAGGUGGUGGUGGUGGUAGAGGUGGUGGUGGUAGAGGUGGUGGUGGUGGUAGAGGUGGUGGUGGUGGUAGAGGUGGUGGUAGAGGUGGUGGUGGUAGAGGUGGUGGUGGUAGAGGUGGUGGUGGUGGUAGAGGUGGUGGUGGUAGAGGUGGUGGUGGUGGUAGAGGUGGUGGUGGUAGAGGUGGUGGUGGUGGUAGAGGUGGUGGUGGUGGUAGAGGUGGUGGUAGAGGUGGUGGUAGAGGUGGUGGUGGUGGUAGAGGUGAUCCUGAGGGGGAAGCUUCACGGAGCUCUGGACAUCAGCCUCGCCGUCAUGUCCGUCAACAAGAAGUCCAAACGCAUCGACCUGGACGCAGGAGACAACAUCUACCACCUCAAGGCAAAGAGUAACGACGUGUUCUACAUCUGGCUCACUAAGCUCUGUGCUCACCGGAUCUUCAAGAAGAACGAGGCCAUGAGCGUCCACCGCGGCGUCCUGCACGCUCUGUCCAUCGGCCAGAGCUCCCUGCCCCCCAUGUCUGCCCUGUCCCAGCCCCGGAGGUCCACGCCUCCGCACUAUGCCAGCUCCGCGAACGCGUACCAGACGGAGACGAGUCCGGCCCCGAGACUGGCCCCGAACCCUGGGGUCAACAGCAAAGUGAACGCCUGGCUCCAGCAGACCCAGGACAUCGACGCCACCUCCAACGAGCUGGCUCGCUGUCAGGCCGAGCUCGCGGACAUGGCUCAGCUGAUCCAGAGGCUGCACUGGCUCGAGGGAGGUCUGCCCAUCACCAGCACCGACCUGGAGAUGCGGAUCAGCAUGCAGAACCUGACCCUGGAGAAGCCAAAGAAGAAAGGAACCAAGGGCUUUGGUCACUCCAGGACUCUGUCCCGAGUGGAGGCCAUGGGAGAGAUCUAUCCUGCAGGCAGCCUGGGCGGCCCCUCCAGCCUGGGAACCUCGGUGCCCUCCCUCCCUGGGUACCUGUACUCCCAGCUCUCCAAGCCCCAGGCCUCCUCCCCAGAGGCCCAGAAGCUGCACACGGAGAUCUGCGCCGCGUCACAGAGAGUGCAUUCGUCUCUGUGCUCCGUCCACGAGGUCCUGAGUCUGGAGCGAGAGAGACUGCGACAGGCCUGGACCGGACCAGACCUGAGACAGACCACCACGGACCAGCUGGCCACGCUGUGUAACACCAUCUCUGAGCUUGACAUUCAGUCGCGCCUGACCAAAGUGCACUCGUUCUCCCUGUCCUCUGACUCCUCGGACGAAUCCUUCUGUACCGUCCAGCAGACCCCGUCCCUGAGCCGCCACAACCAGCGCCCGCCGUCCGUGGCAGAGUCCCUGGCAGAAUACUACGACGCCAGUGAAGUCAUCAUCUGUGAGAGCUCCUCUGAGGCCGAGGCUUCAGACGAGUCCGGUCUCAGUGACAUCACCACCACCAGCACCUCCGAGCCUGAGGAGGGGCACUCUGCUGUCACGCUCAGCUACAAGGACAGCCUGAACAACGCCCCGGACAAGCGGCCGGUCCGCACUGACACCGGCCGCCGCACCGUGCUUCCCGCUCCCUGCGCAGACAACAGCCACAUCGGCGUCAUGUCCAUCCUGUACAACAACAUCGGGAAGGACCUGUCCCGGAUCUCGAUGCCUGUGGAGCUGAACGAGCCGCUGAGCCUCCUGCAGCGGGUCAGCGAGGAGCUGGAGUACUCCGAGCUGCUGGACACGGCUAACCACACCGAAGACCCGUACGAGAGGAUGGUGUAUGUAGCAGCCUUUUCCAUCUCCGGUUAUGCCUGGGCGUCUUGGAGGAACCGUUACAAACCGUUUAACCCGGUUCUGGGAGAGACGUACGAGAGCGUGAGGGAGGAACGCGGCUUCCGCUACAUCAGCGAGCAGGUGUGUCAUCACCCUCCUCUCUCGGCGUGUCAUGCAGAGUCUGAGAACUUCACUUUCUGGCAGGACCAGAGGUGGAAACACAAAUUCUGGGGCAAGUCUCUGGAGAUCGUCUCGUCCGGACCAGUCAACGUCAAACUGCCAAAGUACAAUGACCACUACGAGUGGAACAAAGUGGUGACCUGCAUCCACAACGUUCUGACCCAGACUCGGACUCUGGAACACUACGGGGAGGUUCUGAUCACCAACAAGAACAGUGACGUGUGCAGCUGCAAGAUCUCCUUCGUCAAAUGCAAACCAAUGUUAUACCGGUCCUCUCCUGUCCUUCUGGUGUCCUUCUGGUUCUCUCCUCCUCCCUCUCCUCCUCCUGGCCCUCUCCUCCUCCUGGUCAUCUCCUCCUCCCGGUCCUCUCCUCCUCCUGGCCCUCUCCUCCUCCCGGUCCUCUCCUCCUCUCGGUCCUCUCCUCCUCCUGGCCCUCUCCUCCUCCUGGCCCUCUCCUCCUCCUGGCCCUCUCCUCCUCCUCCUGGUCCUCUCCUCCUCCCGGUCCUCUCCUCCCCCCCUCUCCUCCUGGUCCUCUCCUCCCCCCCUCCUGGUCCUCUCCUCCUCCCGGUCCUCUCCUCCUCCCGGUCCUCUCCUCCCCCCCUCUCCUCCCGGUCCUCUCCUCCCGGUCCUCUCCUCCUGGUCCUCUCCUCCUCCUGGUCCUCUCCUCCUCCUGGUCCUCUCCUCCUCCCGGUCCUCUCCUCCUGGUCCUCUCCUCCUCCUGGUCCUCUCCUCCCCCUCUUCUCCUGGUCCUCUCCCCCCCCCCCUCUCCUCCUGGUCCUCUCCUCCUCCCGGUCCUCUCCUCCUCCCGGUCCUCUCCUCCCGGUCUUCUCCUCCUGGUCCUCUCCUCCUCCUCCCCCUCUCCUCCUGGUCCUCUCCUCCUCCCGGUCCUCUCCUCCUCCCGGUCCUCUCCUCCCGGUCUUCUCCUCCUGGUCCUCUCCUCCUCCUCCCCCUCUCCUCCUGGUCCUCUCCUCCUCCUGGUCCUCUCCUCCCGGUCCUCUCCUCCUCCCUGACUCCUGCAUGUGUGUGUUUCAGGCUCGUUACUGGAGCUCCACCAACACGAAGAACGAGGUGCAUGGGGAGGUGCUGAACCGCUCGGGGGAGGUGGUGCACCGCUUCGGAGGCUUCUGGCACGAGGGCAUCUUCUGUGACACUCUGGCCACGCCCAAGUGCAUCUGGAAGCCCAACGAGCAGCCGGACGACCAUCACCAGUUCUACGGUUUCUCUCGUUACGCUCGAGAACUCAACGAACUGACGCCGCAGCUGCAGAAGGUUCUGCCGCCGACCGACACCCGCCACCGCCCGGACCAGAGGCUCCUGGAGGAAGGGAAAGUGGCGGAGGCCGAUAAGAAAAAAGACUAUGUGGAGCAAAAGCAACGAGAGCAAAGGAAGGAGCUGACCAAGAGGAACGAGGAGCACCAGGCGCGGUUCUUCUAUAAAUCCGUGGACGACAGCGGGCGUGAGGUGUGGCUCUACAACGGCACGUACUGGUCGACUCGGGACAAUCCAGGCUUCGCCAACACCGAGAACCUGGACCUGUGGGAGGAGAGGUGCAGCCGUCACAGAGACCAUGAAGACCCCGGCCGGACGUCUCUGCCCACGGCUCCGUUUAAAGACCCCCCCACAGACCGAGUCCAGUCCCGUCUGUGGUUCCAGGACUCUGGAUCGCCGCGGUGA